AUGAAAUUCAGUUUCGGCCAAGACAAGAAGAAAGCUGAGGACAAACGGGAAGUCGUCCGCCGAGGCGAAUUCCUUGUUCGUGUGCGUGAAUCUGGCACCUUACGCUCCUUUAUAGAGGUAGAUGUCCGCUCAAACGUCGAAGGCGAGAUCGUUGACAUCCUCGUUGAUGAGGGACAAAAGGUUGAGGUAGAUCAAGCGCUUCUUCGCAUUGAUGAAAAACAAAUUCUGGAGCAGAAGAAGCAGGCAGAGGCGAACCUAAAUGCGCGAAAGGCAGAACUUGAGCGGGCACAGCUCAGGAUUACAAUUACUGAGAAACAGCAGGAAAGUGGUCUCGCACAGGCGCACAAUUCUGUCUUAAAGGCAAAAGCGACUUUGGAUUCGUUCGUCGCAACUACACAGCAACGGACCACAGAGGCUGAAUCGCUGGUUGCGACGACAAACAACUCACUUGAUCAAGAUAAUAUCGCACUGAAGCAGGCAGAAAUCGCGUUGGGGCAGGCGAAACUAACCCUUGAACGGGCAAAGUCAACUGUUGAAUCGGCUAACAUCUCGUAUGAGACGGCAGAAUCCGAGCAUGAGCGUAACAAAGAACUUUAUGAUAAGCAACUCAUUUCAAAGAAAGCAUUGGAGGACUCUCAGAGACAACUUAUUAUUGCUAAGACACAGUACGAUACCGCCCUUAAAGAGGUGGAAUCACAAAAAGAGACUAUAAAAUCUCAAGAUGAGAACCUCAACGCGCGGCAGAAAGCAAUAGAAAGCCGACAAACGACGCUCGAACUGAAUCAGAAGAACGUUGAGACGCUUAAACAGUCCCUAAAAGCACAGCGUAAGCAAUACGUAGCGGAACUUGAGGAUGCACAAACCCGUCUUCAACAGAUACAAGAGACAAUAGAAGAAGAAAAAGAAUUGACAAUACAUUCAAGGGUGAGCGCUCAGGCGAGCCUCAUCCAGGCGGAGAGCCAACUUAAAUCUCAGGAAGAACGUCACGAAUGGACAACUGUCAAGGCACCAAUGGCUGGCACAAUUACGCGUCUCAUCGUAGAAGAGGGUGAAAUUAUCACGUCGGGGCGUUCCUCAUUUUCACGUGGUGAAGCUAUCAUGCGUAUUGCUGAUCUCGACCAGAUGAUUGUGAGGACACAAAUCAACCAGGUGGAGAUCGGGAAAAUAGUGGAGGAGCAGCGCGCCGAAAUCACUGUUGAUAGUUAUCCGGGUAGCGUCUUUCCCGGUAGGGUGAGCGAGAUUUCACCGAGUCGCGACGCAGCGCGGUCCUCAAAAUCAAAGUUCUGUAAUCACUUUUGA